GACAUGAUCCGAGGUUUCGGAUCACGGAUCGAAGGCGCGCAUAAAGCAAGCUCGAACUGCCAACGAGCCUAUUGCUACAGUGAAUCUCGUGUUGACGAGCGAAGCGUGGCUAUUACGAUGGAGUCGGGCGGAGAAGUUAGAGUGUUAGAGCAAUCCCGGAUCUUCCCAACGAUGGGAUCGGCGGCGGCGCCGCCCUCUCUUCUGCUCACCUUCUUCGACGUCCUCUGGUCGACCUCCGGUCCCUUCCGCCGCCUCUUCUUCUACGACUUCCCCCACCCCGCUGCAGUCUUCGCCGACUCGGUACUGCCGAAGCUGAAGUCGUCCCUGUCCCUCGCGCUUGCCCGGUUCUACCCCCUGGCGGGCAACCUCAGAUGCUCCGUCAGCCAUGACGACGUCUCCGAGAUCGGUUGGACUGAAGGCGAAUCACUGUCCUUCGCCUUGGCCGAGUGCGACAGCGGGUUCCACGAGCUCUCCGGCGACCACGCCCGCGACGUGUCCAAGCUGCAGCGGUUGGCGCCCCGGCCGAUCUGGUCGGGUGCCGCGAAGCCGUUGUUGGCUGUGCCGGUCACCGUGUUCCCCGACCAAGGCUUCACCAUCGGGGUAUGGGUGCAUCACGUCGCGUGCGACGACUCGAGCUACACGCGCUUCGUUAAAUCGUGGGCGUCCGCUUGCCGAGCCGGGGAGAUCGUGGAGCCGGCGGCACCGUUAUUCGACAGGAUGGAGAUCCCUAAUCCCCUUCAGCUGCGUUCCGUCAACUUCAUUCCAGGUUACGAGAACUCCGGGACCCGUGAAGCGUCGACCCUCGCCUCCAACUUGGUUACCGCCACGUUCGCCCUCGGACAAGAGCACAUCCGGCGUCUCAAGUGCUGGGUGAUGGCCAAGGCCGGCGAGCGCAACACCACCUUCCAUUGCUCGACAGUGGUGGUGACCUGCGCGCACGUGUGGGUCUGCCUCCUGAAGACGUUGGGCGACGCAGGCGACGAGACCGCGCACUUCACAUUCACGGCGGAUGCCAGGGAUCGGCUGCGGUCGCCAGUGCCCGAGACAUACUUUGGCAACUGCAUCGUCCCGUGCUUUGUGGAGGUGAAGGUGAGCGAUCUGGUCGGGGAGGACGGCAUCUUCGCCGCCUCGGAGGCCAUCGGGAAGGCCAUAGAAGACCUGAAACAUGGCGCCCUGAAGGGUGUGCAUGGCAUGUGCGAGAGAUGGUAUCAUGUCACGCAGAAACUUCCCAUGACCCUGACGGGAUCACCCAAGUUCAAAGCUUACGAUACUGAUUUCGGGUGGGGAAGACCGGUGAAGGUUGAGACUGUGUUGCAGAAGACCCGAGCCAUGUAUCUGCAGGAUAGCAGAAGUGGAGAUGGCGUGGAAAUUGGCCUAUCAUUCGAGCAGCAUCAGAUGGAUGCGUUCGAGAGGCACUUCCUCAGUGGCCUGAAACUUCUUCCUGAAUAGAUCUGCGUGGAGAUCGAGUGAGGUUUGCUGAUGGAGCUGAAAUGUUUGUGCUCGUGUUUGAUCUUGACGUUUUCCCGUACGUGAAUCCUACUAAUUAUAGUGCAAUCAUCGACUGAAGUCAAAUUCCUGUUUCAGCUGAAUCAUAUGUUCAAAUAAAAUGAAACGGGCUAUAGAUGUUAUGCAUAGAGAUGGAGAACACGAAGAAGAGGAUGCUUGUGGGAACUGUGUUGCCUCCACCGUCAUAUCUCCCGGAAGUAGAUCGAAUCUUUAUUUGUGGAAGUAGAUCUAACCAAUAGAUAGAUCUACUGGUUUCCAGAGCUGAUGGUUUCCGAUACUUAUAUUUAAGGUUGCACAGAAAGUUAGAUAUGAGUGAGUCACUUAAAAGGUAUUUGGUUGUAUUGCUUACUUUAAU